CGGCCGAGCCGGGCCUCUCUCAGGUUCCCGUGCACUCCCGGGCCAGUACGCGGGGUGUGGCCGGCCCCCCACCCCAGCCCCGGGAACCAUGCCAGAGGUACUUCUACUCAGGGCUGCUGCCUUCAGCCUAAGGUUCUUAAACAGACGGCUGCCAGGUGGGCCCAGGUGUGUUGGCAAACUUAGUUUGAAUCUGCAGAACCACCAAGGAGUCAGGCCGAAUGUGAGAAGCAGCUCCCCAGCAGACAGGCAGCCACUGUCCAAGGAGUCCCUGAGCCACACUCCAGAACCCUUGGCCCCAGAGAAGGUGAAGGAUGACCGCCAGGUGGAUGGCCCAGAGGAAGCACUGUGGACCACGCGAGCCGAUGGGCGGGUGCGCCUGCGCAUGGACCCCAGCUGCUCGCAGAUCCCCUACACCGUACAUCGGAUGUUCUACGAGGCCCUGGACAAGUACGGGGACCUCAGCGCCCUGGGAUUCAAGCGCCAGGACAAGUGGGAGCACAUCACAUACUUACAGUACUACCUGAUUGCUCGCAAAGCUGCCAAGAGCUUCCUGAAGCUCGGACUGGAGCGAGCCCAUAGCGUAGCCAUCUUGGGCUUCAACUCCCCAGAGUGGUUCUUCUCGGCCGUGGGCACGGUGUUUGCAGGUGGCAUCGUCACUGGCCUCUACACCACCAGUUCCCCCGAGGCCUGUCAGUACAUCGCCCGUGACAGCCGCGCCAACGUCAUUGUGGUGGACACACAGAAGCAACUGGAGAAAAUUCUGAAGAUCUGGAAGAACCUGCCACAUCUGAAGGCAGUGGUGAUAUACCGAGAGCUGCCUCCUAAGCCGAUGGCCAACGUAUACACGAUGGAGGAGUUCAUGGAGCUGGGGAAUGGUGUGCCCGAAGAGGCCCUGGACUCCAUCAUCGAGGCCCAGCAGCCCAACCAGUGCUGCGUGCUGAUCUACACAUCAGGCACCACGGGCAACCCCAAGGGCGUGAUGCUGAGUCAGGACAAUAUCACGUGGACAGCACGCUAUGGCAGCCAGGCGGGUGACAUCCAACCGGCAGAGGUACAACAGGAGGUGGUGGUCAGCUACCUGCCCCUCAGCCACAUCGCUGCCCAGAUCUACGACCUGUGGACAGGCAUCCAGUGGGGUGCCCAGGUCUGCUUUGCUGAGCCCGACGCCUUGAAGGGAAGUCUGGUGAACACCCUGCGGGAGGUGGAGCCCACGUCCCACAUGGGGGUGCCCCGCGUGUGGGAGAAAAUCAUGGAGCGCAUCCAAGAGGUGGCGGCUCAGUCCGGCUUCAUCCGGCGCAAGAUGCUGCUGUGGGCCAUGUCAGUGACCCUGGAGCAGAACCUCAACUGCCCCCACAGCGAGCUGAGGCCUUUCACGAGCAGACUGGCAGAUUACCUGGUGCUGGCCAAGGUGCGCCAGGCGCUGGGCUUCGCCAAGUGCCAGAAGAGUUUCUACGGGGCAGCACCCAUGACAGCCGAGACACAGCACUUCUUCCUCGGCCUCAACAUCCGCUUGUACGCCGGCUACGGCCUCAGCGAGAGCACAGGCCCCCACUUCAUGUCCAGCCCUUACAACUACCGGCUCUAUAGCUCGGGCAAGGUGGUGCCAGGCUGCCAGGUGAAGUUGGUGAGCGAGGAUGCCGAGGGCGUGGGCGAGAUCUGCCUGUGGGGCCGUACUAUCUUCAUGGGCUACCUGAACAUGGAAGACAAGACGAGUGAGGCCAUCGACGCCGAGGGCUGGCUACACACAGGUGACACUGGCCGCCUGGAUGCCGACGGCUUCCUAUACAUCACCGGGCGCCUGAAGGAGCUGAUCAUCACGGCGGGCGGUGAGAACGUGCCCCCGGUGCCCAUUGAGGAGGCGGUGAAAACCGAGGUGCCUAUCAUCAGCAACGCCAUGCUCAUCGGCGACCAGAAGAAGUUCCUGUCCAUGCUGCUUACCUUGAAGUGCACUCUGGACCCCGACACCUCGGACCCCACAGACAACCUCAGUGAGCAGGCCGUGGAGUUCUGCCAGCGCGUGGGCAGCAAGGCCACCACGGUGUCAGAGAUCGUGGGGCGGAGGGACGAGGCCGUGUACCAGGCCAUCGAGGAGGGGAUCCGCAGAGUAAACAGCAAUGCAGCAGCCCGGCCCUACCACAUCCAGAAGUGGGCCAUCCUGGAGAAGGACUUCUCCAUCUCUGGCGGAGAGCUGGGUCCCACGAUGAAGUUGAAGAGGCUCACAGUCCUGGAGAAGUACAAAGAUGUCAUUGAUUCCUUUUACCAGGAGCAGAAGCAGUAACCAGGGCUCCUGGCUCCUGCUGCGGACAGACAUGCAGGCCAUUCUAGCAGUUUCCAGGCUCCAUCUAUCAUCCAUCUGGGCUCAGAAAGCUUCUGGCUAGUGUGCCUCAUGUCAUGGUUGGGGUGCAGUGCUGCUGGGUCGCACACCCACGGGAACUGACCAAUCCCAAGCAGUUCUGGCACCGGGAUAGUCCUGUGCUGGUACAACUUUUUUGUUCAGGUGACAGAUGAGAUCCGCUCCUCCUCAAGGAACCGGAGGGCUGGCCACACGGGACUUCGGUUCCAGGUAGACUUAACAAGCUGCUAGCUGCCCUAACAGGUGCAUCCUGUGAGCGGCAGGCUGAAGGGAGGCUGGGGUAGAGGGCCACGGGAAGGCAGUCACGGCCCACUCGCCUGGACUCUGCCCAUGUUCCAACUUGCUGACCUGGCACCCCUCCACCUUGCCAACUGACUGGAUGCUUAACAAAGCUGCUGCUGCUGCUGCUUAUGUGAUUAUAUUUAAUGUGCCAUUUGAAUAUUAAACCUUUUAAC